CGUCCGCCCGCUUCCCGCCAUCAGCCGGCCGCCCUGACAGGGACGGUCAGGGAGGCCGCUCCUCCUCCUCCUCUUCCUCCUCUUCUUCUUCCUCCUCUUCCUCCUCUUCUUCUUCUUCUUCUUCUUCUUCCUCCUCCUCUUGCUGCCGCCCCCCCCCCCCCGCACCGGGGCCGUCGCGGACCGUCGAGGACCGCGGAGCCGCCUGAGGAAUUCUGCCCCGAGGCGAGUCGUCUGCAAAGGUAAGAUGGCCCCUCUGAAGAUCCACGGCCCGAUCCGAGUGCGCAGCAUGCAGACGGGAAUCACCAAGUGGAAGGAAGGAUCCUUCGAGAUCGUGGAAAAGGAGAACAGAGUCAGCCUCGUCGUGCACUACAACGCCGGAGGAAUUCCCCGGACGUUCCAGCUGAGCCACAACAUUAAAAACGUGGUGCUCAGACCCAACGGAGCCAAGCAGAGCCGCCUCAUCCUGACGCUGCAAGACAACAGCUACUUGUCCAUCGACAAGGUCCCCUGGAAGGACGCCAAUGAAAUGCGAGUUUUCCUCGAUGCGGUCCAUCAGGACAGGCUUCCCACAGCCACGAAGCCUUCCCAGGGGUCCGGAAGUUUCGGAGGAAUUUUGGGCAGCAGAACCCCUCAGCAGGAAAUCAACCGGCAUUUCUCCUACAUAGAGAACCAGCCCCUCUCCAAGAGAGCAAGCCUGGAGCCGAAAGAUGAGACUCCGUUUCGGAAGGUCCUCGGGAAUCCCGGGCGGGGGGCCGCCAAGACCCCGACGGGAAACGGGACGUCCGGUCCCCGCUCCGGCGCCUCGCUGACGCCCGCCGCCUCCACGCCCCUCAGGGCCGGGACGUCGGAAAACCGGAACGAGAAGAGGAAACGGAUGCUCUCCUGCGGGUCGGAGCUGAACGAAGAUUACCCCAAGGAGAACGACUCGUCGUCCAACAACAGAGCCGUGACGGACCCCGCGAGAAAAUAUCUAACCAGCGGCCGGGAGAAACAGCUGAGUUUGAAACAGGCGGAGGAAAACCGAACUCCAGGGGUUCUGCCGUUGCAGUCGUCGUCCUUCUACGGCAGCAGAGCCUCGGCCAAAGACCACGCAGCCGCAAACGCCAACGGAGACAGGUCCGGCGUUUCGAGUCAGACUCCCUCCGCCAAGAGGAGCCUGGGGUUUCUCUCGCAGCCGGCCCCGCUGUCGGUCAAGAAGCUGAGGUCUAACCAGGAUUACGCCGGCUGGAAUAAACCCAGGGUGUCCUUCGCUACCCACCCCCAACAGCAACUGCAGGGCUUCUCCAACCUGGGAAAUACCUGCUAUAUGAACGCCAUCCUGCAGUCUUUGUUUUCCCUUCAGUCGUUUGCUAACGAUCUGCUCAAACAAGGAAUCCCUUGGAAAAAAAUCCCCCUGAACGCACUGAUCAGGCGCUUCGCCCAUCUCCUUUCCAAGAAGGACGUCUGCAACUCGGAGACGAAGAAGGAUCUGCUCAAGAAAGUCAAAAACGCCAUUUCGGCCACGGCGGAGCGGUUCUCGGGUUACGUGCAGAACGACGCUCACGAGUUUCUGAGUCAGUGUCUGGAUCAGCUGAAGGAGGACAUGGAGAAGCUCAACAAAACCUGGAAGAGCGAGCCGGGGUCCGGGGAGGAGAACCCGCCCGGGCCCGGGCGGCCGGCCGAAGACGGCGCCGCCGGCCGGGUCUACACCUGUCCCGUGGUCACCAACCUGGAGUUCGAGGUCCAGCACUCCAUCGUCUGCAAAGCCUGCGGCGAGACGGUCCCCAGACGGGAACAGUUUAACAACCUGUCCAUCGACCUGCCCCGAAGGAAGAAGCCGCUGCCCUCGCGCUCCGUCCAGGAUUCCCUCGAUCUCUUCUUCCGGGCGGAGGAGCUGGAGUAUUCCUGCGAAAAGUGCGGCGGGAAGUCCGCCGUCGUCAUGCACAAAUUCAACCGGCUUCCCAGAGUCCUCAUCCUUCACCUGAAACGCUACAGCUUCAACGUGGCCCUGUCGCUGAACCACAAGGUGGGCCAGCAAGUGGUCAUCCCCCGCUUCCUCACCCUGGCCUCCCACUGCACCGACGCCACCAAGCCGCCGCUGACCCUGGGCUGGACCGCGCACCCGCCGCUGAAGUUCACGUUCAGAUCGAAGAGCUCCGCGGCCUGCAACCUGGAUUCGGACAGCGAGGACGAGCUCCUCAGACGCUCGGUGGCUCCCGCCCAGAGGCCCGGCGAGGCGUCCGGCAGAGAGCCGCAACCCGAGGAGCCGGAGAAGGGUCCGAGACGCGGGAAGGCGGAGGGGCCCCGGGGCGAGGCGGGCCUGGAGGGGCUGAGCGAGGACGAGGUGCUGGCCGCCGUCCUGGAGAUCAGCAGGAGGGAGGGGCCCCCGGCCCCCGGCCCCGACGACGUCCUCGCCGCCGACGACAAGCCCACCAGCAGCCCGGACACCGGCUUCGCCGAGGAAGACGGCCAGGAGACGCCCCCGCACCCGGACCCCGCGGAGGGCGACAGGCCCAGGCCGGCCCCGGAGCCGGGUCCCGCCGGCUUCCCCGAGAUCACCAAAGACUUCGACGAGAACAAGGAAAACAAAACCCCGGAGGGCUCCCAGGGGGAGGUGGCCUGGCUCCAGCAGUACGACAUGGAGCGGGAGAGGGAGGAGCAAGAGCUUCAACAGGCCCUGGCCCAGAGCCUCCAGGAACAGGAGGCCCGGGAGCAGAAAGAAGACGACGACCUGAAAAGGGCCACAGAACUCAGUCUACAAGAAUUCAACAGCUCUCUGCUGGACGGGACGGGCUCGGACGAAGACUCGGGAAACGAGGACAUUUUGGACAUGGAGUACACGGAGGCCGAAGCGGAGGAGCUCAAGAGAAACGCCGAGACGGGAAACCUUCCCCACUCGUAUCGGCUCAUCAGCGUCGUCAGCCACAUCGGCAGCACCUCCUCUUCGGGCCACUACAUCAGCGACGUGUACGACAUCAAGAAGCAGGCCUGGUACACCUACAACGACCUGGAGGUGUCCAAGAUCCCCGAGGCCUCGGUGCAGACCGUCCGCGACCGCAGCGGCUACAUCUUCUUCUACAUGCACAAGGAAAUCUUGGACGAGCUGCUGGAAACGGAGAAGAGCUCCCAGUCGCUCAGCUUGGAGGCGGGCCGGGCCGCCCGGCUGACUCCGUGAGGGUCGAGGGCGGGACGUGGAGAUGGAUCCCCCUGAGGAGAAAAAACUUCUAGAGCCGCGCUCCGCCCGGCAGCGCGAAGCGCCUCGGGGCCAGGCCCGGAGGGGAGACCAACCGACCCACGGAUGGGCGGCCGGGAUCCCGGGGAACCUCCCCACGCUCGGCCCCGGCCCCUCGGACGCUCCCGCCCCGUCUCUCGGCGGGAGGACGGAGGAGUCGAACUUGUGCCGGUUCCAGGAACCCACGGUAGCUCUUUU